GCGAUCUCACACUCUCACUCUCUCUGUCUCUCUCUCUCUCUCUCUCUCUCUCUCUCUCUCUCUUUCUCUCUCUCUAUAUUUCCAUCUCACUCUCUCGGUCUCUGUCUCUCUCUUCAGUUCCUCUUUCUUUCUCCUCUGACGCACUCAACCUGCAGUAUUACUACCUGUGCGUAGUGAAGCUUGUCGGGCCGAUCCAGAGGUGUUUCUAGUGAGUAGCAGGACAGGACAGAAGUGUGAAGAGACCGCUGAACAGACUGAACAACUGUUCUCAGGAAGUUGCUCACCUGCCUGCUGUGUCUAUCAGAGGAAUGAGGAUGAGACUUGGAAACUGACUCUCUUUCUCUCUCCUGAAAUGCCAAAACUGGACUGACGGGUGUUUCUGAACUGUUUGAAAUGUCUCCCUCUGUCAUCACGACCAGUUGCUGAGCAGGAUGCCCUCUGACCUCCAGGAGCGUCACCUGACCUCCAGCUGCGGCUCCUAUAUCAAGACUGAGCCCUCCUCCCCCUCCUCCUCAUUGGUUGACACCAUCAGCCACCACAGCCCCUCGGCCAAUAGCGACGUCAGCGGCAGUUACAUCAACGUAAACAACCUCAACGGAAGCUCGCACGUCCUCGACUCCCCGCCCAUGUUCAACCCGGGCAUGCUGGGAGGGGGCGGAGCCUGUCUCCGGAGGUAUGACGACUGCGGAGAGGGCGUGGCGGAUGAUUCUCCAAUCAAGUGCGAGUAUAUGUUGAAUGCAAUACCAAAAAGGCUGUGUCUGGUGUGUGGGGAUAUCGCAUCAGGUUACCACUAUGGGGUCGCCUCCUGUGAGGCAUGCAAAGCCUUCUUCAAAAGGACCAUACAAGGGAACAUAGAGUACAGCUGUCCAGCCACUAACGACUGUCAAAUCACCAAGAGGAGACGCAAGUCCUGCCAGGCCUGUCGCUUCAUGAAGUGUCUCAAAGUGGGCAUGCUCAAGGAGGGUGUGCGUCUGGAUCGCGUGAGGGGAGGAAGACAGAAGUACAAGAGGAGAAUGGGGGACACGGAGAACGGGGCCUAUCUAGGCCUGACACUCCCCCCUCCUGCCAAAAAGCCAUUGACAAAGAUCGUGUCUCACCUGCUGGUGGUUGAACCAGAGAAGAUCUAUGCCAUGCCAGACCCGACCAUGCCAGAUGGAUACAUCAAGGCCCUGACCACUCUGUGUGACCUGGCUGACAGAGAACUGGUGGUCAUCAUCGGCUGGGCCAAACACAUCCCAGGAUUCUCCAGCCUGUCUCUGGCAGACCAGAUGAGUCUACUGCAGAGCGCAUGGAUGGAGAUCCUGGUCCUGAACAUCGUGUUCCGCUCAUUGGCCUGUGAGGAGGAGCUGGUGUAUGCUGAGGACUAUGUGGUGGAUGAGGAGCACGCUCGUCUCUCUGGCCUGCUGGACCUGCACGUUGCCAUUCUGCCUCUGGUCCGACGCUAUAAGAAGCUGAGCAUGGAGAAGGAGGAGUUUGUCACACUUAAGGCCAUCGCCCUCUCCAACUCAGACUCCACGCAUAUAGAGAAUGUGGAGGCUGUGCAGCGGCUCCAGGACUCUCUCCAUGAGGCCUUGCAGGACUUAGAAGGUGCCCACAACACGGAGGACCCUCGGCGGACAGGAAAGCUGCUGAUGACCCUUCCCUUGCUCCGUCAGACCGCCGCCAAGGCCGUGCAGCACUUCUACAGCAUCAAGGUGCAGGGAAAAGUGCCCAUGCACAAACUCUUCCUGGAGAUGCUGGAGGCCAAGGCUUGAUAAUUGGGCGGGGAGGUUUGAAUGACAGCUGCAUCGCCCAAUGAGGAUGAAGGACAGCCCCUGAAUAGGAGGGGUGAUGCCACGGAGAACCUAUGACAGUGACAUUAUAACGCUGAUAGUUGUUUCUAUGGAACAAAAUUAAUGAGGAUUAGAGGGAAACGAGAAAAACUGAUUUUAAGGGUGUAUAUAAAGAUGCUGUGAGAUAUAGUCAUGUAUAUAAAGAUGCUGUGUACAGAACUGCUGUUAUAAUCAGAGACUCUUCGGUCUAGAUCACCUGUAACUACUGAGAGGUUUGGUUUCUUUUCAGAUCUGAUCAAUCUGAUUGGUUAGAUCCACUCAAGUAUCUGAUCAAUCUGAUUGGUUAGAGCUACUCAAGUAUCUGCUCAAUCUGAUUGGUUAGAGCUACUCAAGUAUCUGAUCAAUCUGAUUGGUUAGAGCUACUCAAGUAUCUGCUCAAUCUGAUUGGUUAGAGCUACUCAAGUAUCUGAUCAAUCUGAUUGGUUAGAGCUACUCAAGUAUCUGAUCAAUCUGAUUGGUUAGUGCUACUCAAGUAUCUGAUCAAUCUGAUUGGUUAGUGCUACUCAAGUAUCUGAUCAAUCUGAUUGGUUAGUGCUACUCAAGUAUCUGAUCAAUCUGAUUGGUUAGUGCUACUCAAGUAUCUGAUCAAUCUGAUUGGUUAGAGCUACUCAAGUAUCUGAUCAAUCUGAUUGGUUAGUGCUACUCAAGUAUCUGAUCAAUCUGAUUGGUUAGUGCUACUCAAGUAUCUGAUCAAUCUGAUUGGUUAGUGCUACUCAAGUAUCUGAUCAAUCUGAUUGGUUAGAGCUACUCAAGUAUCUGGUCAAUCUGAUUGGUUAGUGCUACUCAAGUAUGAUUUGUUUCUCUUUUUUAAUUGUUAUAUCAGUUGUAUAACAUUAUAUUCUGGUAUAUAUCCCAGUCAACAGUUUAGACACACCUACUCAUUAAAGGGUCUUUCUUUUUUGUUUAGUUUGUUUGUUGUUGCUAUUAUAUACAUUGUAGAAUAACAGUGAAGACAUCACAACUAUGAAAUAACAGAUAUGGAAUCAUGUAGUAACCAAAAAAGUGUUAAAUAAAUCAAAAAUGAUUUGAGAUUCUUCAAAGUAGCCACUCUUUGCCUAUUUGAUGACAGCUUUGCAUACUCUUGGAAUUCUCUCAACCAGCUUCAUGAGGUAGUCACCUGGAAUGCAUUUCCAUUAACAGGUGUGGCUUGUUAAAAGUGAAAUUUUGAGAAUUUCUUUCCUUCUUAAUGCGUUUGAACCAAUCAUUUGUCUUGUGACAAGGUAGUGGUGGUAUACAGAAGAUAGCUCUAUUUGGACCAAGUCCAUAUGAUGACAAGAACAGUUCAAGAAAGCAAAGAGAAAUGACAGUCCAUCAUUACUUUAAGACAUGAAGGCCAGUCAAUACGGAAAAAUUAAAGUACUUUGAAAGAUUAUUCAAGUACAGUCGGAAAAACCACCAAGCACUAUGAUGAAACUGUCUCUCAUGAGGACCACCACAGGAAAGGAAAACCCAGAGUUACCUCUGCUGCAGAGGAUAGCAGUUCAUUAGAGUUACCUGCCUCAGAAAUUGCAGCCCAAAUAAAUGCUUCACAGAGUUCAAGUAACAGACACAUCUCAACAUCAACUGUUCAGAAGAGACUGCGUGAAUCAGGCCUUCAUGGUCGAAUUGCUGCAAAGAAACCACUACUAAAUGACACCAAUAUGAAGAACAAACAAUGGACAUUUAGACCGGUGGAAAUCUGUCCUUUGGUCUGAUGAGACCAAAUUUGAGAUUUUUGGUUCCAACUGCCGUGCCAUUGUGAGAUGCAGAGUAGGUGAACGGAUGAUCUCCGCAUGUGUGGUUCCCACCGUGAAGCAUGGAGGAGGAGGUGUGAUGGUGUUUUGCUGGUGACACUUGUGAUUUAUUUAGAAUUCAAGGCACACUUAACCAGCAUAGCUACCACAGCAUUCUGCAGCGAUAUACCAUCCCAUCUGGUUUGUGCUUAAUGGGACUGUAAUUUGUUUUUCAACAGGACAUUGACCCAACACACCUUCAGGCUAUGUAAAAGCUAUUUGACCAAGAAGGAGAGUGAUGGAGUUCUGUAUCAGAAGACCUGGCCUUCACAAUCACCUGACCUCAACCCAAUUGAGAUGGUUUGGGAUGAGUUGGACAGCAAAGUGAAGGAAAAGCAGCCAACAAGUGCUCAGCAUAUGUGGGAACUCCUUCAAGACUGUUGGAAAAGCAUUCCAGGUGAAGUUGGUUGAGAGAAUACCAAGAGUGUGCAACGCUGUCAUCAAGGCAAAGGGUGGCUACUUUGAAGAAUCUAAAAUAUAUUUUGUUUUGUUUAACACUUUUUUGGGGGUUGCUACUUGAUUUCAUAUGUGUAAUUUCAUAGUUGUGAUGUCUACACUUUUAUUCUAGAAUGUAGAAAAUAGCUUAAAAAAUAAAUAAAGACCCUUGAAUGAGUAGGUUUGUCCAAACCUUUGACUGGUACUGUAUAUGUACUGUAUAUUGGGUCAUUUUCCCCAGGGAAUGGAUUGGAUUUGGCAGUUAUUUUGUUGUAUUACUUAUCAAAGAAGCACAUCCAUACACCUUUAAGGGGUAAGAGUUUGAGCCCUUCGUAACCACACCUGGGUUGAAAUAAAAUACAAAUCUUUCAAAAUCUUUUGAGCAUUUGCUUGGAAUGCCAGAUGGGUGUGGUUUACACUUUUGGGACUACACCAUUAGUCCAAUUGGCCGAGCAAGCUCAGUUAAUCCAGGAUAUGGUGGUUCCAUUAAAUGU